AUGUCUCAUCGAGGUCAUCCUCUGCCUGGUACAAGUACCCAAGCCACCAGACAUUCAACACCACCUCCGAUCACCUGGCAGACACCAUUAUCGCAGCCAGUAUCUAGAGCUCCUUCUCGACCUGCUUCCGCAGAGCCAGGAGCAUCUCACAAGCACUCGAACGGCAAAGGUUCUGGUGUCAAAUCCCCACCCUUGGAAGAGGACGACUUCAGCGAUUUUGGUUCCGAUUUCGAAGAUAUGGAUGACAGGAGACCGACUCUGCAUAGGCCGACGGAUGGGCUGUCGCAUCAGCCGUUAUUGAGGCAGGAUGAAGAUGAUAUGGAAAGAGGGAGACCGAGCUAUUCGUCCCCCGAUCCGCCGUCGGAUCGUCCAACACUAUUCACAAGAAGGUCUACCAUGAGGAGUCGCAGUCCCGAUACACAGGCGAAGCUGGCGACGAGGAAGAAAUACACUUAUGCCGCGUUUUUCCUGGGAUUGAGCCUGGUUAGUUUCGUGAUACAGACGGAGACUGCGGUCUAUAUACAGGCGGAGCUAGGGUGGAAUAAAGCAUAUUGUAUGCUUUAUUUCACUCACGGAUCGUGGUCGCUUCUAUGGCCUACCCAGCUCCUAAUAUUGCGAUUACAAAAGUGGAAAAUGCCGUGGAAAACAUUUUGGAGGAGACACGUUUACCUGGUCCGGACGACGGCGCAGAUGGUCGAAACGCAGGAACUAUCAAUAGCGCGAGGUCAACGUUCUGCGCUACGUUAUAUGAUACGAAUGACGGCUCUGGUUACCACUGCACUCACCGUGGCGGGAGGUUCGUGGUACGUUGCAGUUGACAUGACCUCUCCCUCGGAUCUCACAGCGAUUUAUAAUUGCUCAGCAUUCUUUGCAUACGUAUUCAGUGUACCUCUGCUUAGAGAACCCCUCCGCGUCGAUAAAUCAAUUGCGGUCAUGAUUGCAAUUGUAGGUGUGAUGAUAAUUGCCUACGGCGACAAGGACGAAACUGUUGGCGAUGACGGGGAGAAGAAAGAAGCGAAAAAUCGGCUGGCGGGAAACAUCGUGAUCGGCAUUGGGAGUGUUCUCUAUGGCUUCUACGAAGUACUAUAUAAAAAGCUUGCGUGCCCACCCGAAGGAACAAGUCCAGGACGAGGAAUGAUAUUUGCGAAUACCUUUGGCUCAUUAAUUGGAACUUUCACACUCACCGUACUUUGGAUUCCGCUUCCGAUUCUCCAUUACAUGGAAUGGGAAACAUUCGAACUUCCUCAUGGCGAUGCCGCUCGACUCCUUUGGGUAUCUGUUCUCGCUAAUGCCAUAUUCUCUGGAAGUUUCCUGGUAUUGAUCAGUCUUACUAGUCCAGUAUUGAGCAGUGUUGCUGCGCUGCUCACUAUCUUCCUCGUGGCUAUCGCCGACUGGGUGUUCACCGGGAAGGCCAUCAGCCCAGCUGCGAUGGUUGGAGGAAUUCUCAUUAUCGGCGCGUUCUGUAUGCUAAGCUGGAGUACCUAUCGAGAGAUGGCCGAGGAGAGGAGGAGAAAGUCUGUUGAUAUUACGGACUCUGACAGCGAUAAAGACGAUGCCUAG